AUGGCCGAUUACGACGAGACAUAUGAGGAGGAGUUUUAUGAUGAUGCCGACGAGGGCAUCACCUCCGAGGAUUGCUGGACGGUGAUUUCGUCCUUCUUCGAUUCGAAGGGAUUGGUCUCUCAGCAGCUCGACUCUUUCGAUGAGUUCAUUUCUUCGACCAUGCAGGAGCUCGUAGAAGAGCAGGGCCAGGUGGUGCUCGACCAGACUCUCCCACCAUCUGAGGAUGAAGUGAGGCCAGUGGUAGUGCGCCGUUACGAGCUCAAAUUUGGUACCGUCAUGCUGUCGCGCCCGUCAGUUACAGAGGGUGACGGUGCGACCACGAUUAUGUUGCCACAAGAAGCCCGACUCCGAAACCUCACCUACGCCUCACCACUGUAUCUCGGCGUCACAAAGAAGAUCAUGGAAGGUCGCGAAAAACUGGCGAAGGACGAGGAUGACGAAGAAGAGGGUGAUCAGAAGGGUCAGUCAUACGGAGGCCUUGACUGGCAGGAAAAGAUGCUACCUCAGGAGCAAAUGAAGGAGGAAACAGUCUUCAUUGGAAAAAUGCCUAUCAUGCUGAAAUCCAAAUACUGUAUCCUGAAGGAUCUCAGCGAAUCUUCACUCUACGCUUGGAACGAAUGUCCCUACGACUCCGGUGGUUACUUCGUUAUCAAUGGUAGUGAGAAGGUUCUCAUCGCGCAAGAACGCAGCGCUGGAAAUAUCGUUCAAGUUUUCAAGAAGGCACCCCCCAGCCCCACGCCCUACAUUGCUGAGAUUCGAAGUGCGGUCGAGAAGGGCUCGCGAAUGCUCUCCUCGCUCACCUUGAAGCUGUUCGCCAAGGGUGACAGCGCUAAGGGAGGAUUCGGCCCGACCAUUCGAUCGACGCUCCCAUACGUCAAGGCCGAUAUUCCGAUCGUCGUCGUUUUCCGUGCGCUGGGCGUCGUUUCUGACGAGGAUAUUCUCAAUCACAUCUGUUACGACAGGAACGAUACCCCGAUGCUGGAGAUGCUGAAGCCAUGUAUUGAGGAAGGUUUCGUCAUCCAAGACCGCGAGGUUGCUCUGGACUUCAUUGCCAAGCGUGGCUCAUCACAAUCCAAUCUGAACCAUGAUCGCCGUGUGCGUUAUGCCCGGGAUAUCAUGCAGAAGGAAUUACUGCCUCAUAUCUCGCAGAGCGAGGGUAGCGAAACUCGUAAGGCAUUCUUCCUUGGAUACAUGGUGCACCGUCUUCUCCAGUGUGCUCUGGGUCGACGUGAUGUGGACGAUCGUGAUCACUUCGGAAAGAAGCGACUGGAUCUGGCUGGCCCGCUUUUGGCUGGCCUGUUCCGUGUACUUUUCACCCGAGUCACCAAGGACCUUCAACGCUACGUGCAACGUUGUGUCGACAGCAGUCGCGAGAUAUACCUCAAUGUUGGUCUCAAGGCCGCAACACUCACUGGUGGUUUGAAGUACGCCCUUGCCACUGGUAACUGGGGUGAGCAGAAGAAGGCAGCUAGCGCCAAGGCUGGUGUUUCCCAGGUGCUGAGUCGCUACACCUUCGCCUCCUCGUUGUCCCAUCUUCGCCGCACGAAUACACCGAUUGGCAGAGACGGGAAAAUCGCCAAACCGCGCCAGCUUCACAAUACCCAUUGGGGUCUGGUCUGCCCGGCCGAGACACCAGAAGGACAGGCUUGUGGUCUGGUCAAGAAUUUGGCCCUGAUGUGUUACAUUACCGUUGGAACACCGGCAGAGCCCAUUAUCGAUUUCAUGAUCCAGCGAAACAUGGAAGUUCUGGAAGAGUUCGAGCCUCAAGUUACACCCAAUGCAACAAAGGUUUUCGUCAACGGUGUCUGGGUUGGUAUCCAUCGCGACCCCUCGCAUUUGGUCAACACUAUGCAGAAUUUGCGUCGUCGAAACAUGAUCUCCCACGAGGUCAGUCUCAUUCGAGAUAUCCGUGAGCGUGAGUUCAAGAUUUUCACCGACACUGGCCGUGUCUGUCGACCGCUCUUCGUCAUCGACAACGACCCAAAGAGUGAGAACUCUGGUGGGUUGAUUCUGAACAAGGAACAUAUCCGCAAACUCGAACAAGACAAAGACUUGCCCCCCGACCUGACUCCCGAACAGCGCCGUGAGCAAUAUUUCGGUUGGGACGGUUUGGUGCGAUCUGGUGCUGUUGAGUAUGUCGACGCAGAGGAAGAGGAGACUAUCAUGAUUGUCAUGACACCGGAGGACCUGGAAAUAUCCAGACAGCUCCAAGCUGGUUACGCCCUGCCCGAGGACGAGACCAACGACCCCAACAAGCGCGUUCGUUCGAUUCUCAGCCAGCGUGCGCACACAUGGACACAUUGCGAGAUCCAUCCCAGUAUGAUUUUGGGUGUCUGCGCCAGUAUCAUUCCCUUCCCUGAUCACAACCAGUCUCCUCGUAAUACCUACCAGUCUGCUAUGGGUAAGCAGGCUAUGGGUGUGUUCUUGACCAACUUCUCACAGCGCAUGGAAACCAUGGCCAAUAUUCUUUACUACCCUCAGAAGCCUUUGGCCACUACUCGGUCAAUGGAAUUCUUGCGUUUCCGAGAAUUGCCCGCCGGUCAGAACGCCAUUGUUGCCAUUGCUACUUACUCUGGUUACAACCAGGAAGAUUCCGUCAUCAUGAACCAGAGCAGUAUCGACCGUGGUCUCUUCCGCAGUUUGUUCUAUCGUACCUACACGGACACUGAGAAGAUGGUUGGUCUUCAGGUUGUCGAGCGCUUUGAAAAGCCUAUGCGCGCCGAUACUCUCGGCAUGCGCAAGGGUACUUACGACAAGUUGGAUGAAGAUGGAAUUGUUGCCCCAGGUGUGCGUGUUUCCGGAGAAGAUAUUAUCAUUGGAAAGACUGCACCAUUGGCCGCCGACGCAGAAGAGCUUGGUCAGCGAACGAAGGCGCACACCAAGAUUGAUGUGUCCACGCCACUUCGAAGUACCGAGAACGGAAUCGUUGAUCAAGUCUUGAUUUCCACCGGUAAUGACGACCUUAAGUUCGUCAAGGUUCGUAUGCGUACCACCAAGAUUCCCCAAAUUGGAGACAAGUUCGCCUCUCGUCACGGACAGAAGGGUACUAUUGGCAUUACCUACCGCCAAGAAGAUAUGCCUUUCACUCGUGAAGGUGUUGUUCCCGAUUUGAUCAUCAAUCCUCACGCUAUUCCGUCCCGUAUGACCAUUGCCCAUUUGAUCGAGUGUCAACUGAGUAAGGUCUCGGCUCUCCGUGGCUUCGAGGGUGAUGCCACACCCUUCACCGAUGUCACUGUCGACUCAGUCUCCCGUCUACUGCGUGAGCAUGGAUACCAAUCUCGUGGCUUCGAGGUCAUGUUCAACGGCCACACUGGCCGUAAGAUGGUUGCCCAGGUUUUCCUUGGACCGACAUACUACCAACGUCUUCGCCACAUGGUGGACGACAAGAUUCACGCUCGUGCACGUGGUCCUACUCAGAUCUUGACUCGCCAGCCCGUCGAGGGUCGUGCCCGUGAUGGUGGUCUCCGUUUCGGAGAGAUGGAGCGUGAUUGUAUGAUCGCUCACGGUGCUAGUGCUUUCUUGAAGGAACGUCUCUUUGACGUUUCUGAUCCCUUCCGUGUUCACAUCUGUGAUGACUGCGGUCUCAUGACCCCAGUUGCGAAACUGAAGAAGGGUCUGUUCGAGUGCCGUCUCUGCAACAACAAGCAUCGCAUCUCGCAAGUCCACAUCCCCUACGCCGCGAAGCUGCUAUUCCAAGAGCUGGCCUCUAUGAACAUUGCCGCUCGUAUGUUCACUGACCGCUCCGGGGUAUCUGUCGGUUCAGCAUCCGGAUAUCCCGAUGCCCCCCAGAGGUCAACGGCAGUCAAAUCACUACGGACCUCUAUCUUCCCACACCCUCUGCACAUAAACAUCCCGUUGGUGCGUUCUCUCGGCCCCGACUUUGGAACCUUGGAAUAUCUCAAGUAUGAAUCCAUCGUGCUAACUAGAAUAGUCAUUGACAUCCAUGGCGGCGCGUUCAUGCUUGGUCAUUCGCGUAUGGUUUCUCUGCCUCAAGUGAACGACUGCCUGGCCCGAGGCUGGAUAGUCCUUGUUCCAAAUCACCGUCUGUGUCCAGCUGUCAACAUCCUCGAAGGUCCAAUGCAGGAUAUUCGCGAUCUUUUGACCUGGAUUCAGGAUGGUCACCUAGACCAAAUCCUAUCUGUUCAUGGCUGCCACGCCGAUCUGGACAAUAUUGCUGCAUUCGGGACCUCAUCAGGAGGACAUUUGGCUCUCAGUCUGGGCUUUGAUACCAUCAAACCCGUCAAGGCCAUCCUCUCCCUUUACGGUGCAGUGCACUUUACUGACCCAGCAUGGAGAACCCCACUCCCCCACGUGGCCAAGAAGCUUCCCUCGGAUCUGCCGGUGGAAUUUCUGAACAAGAUUUAUGACGAAUAUCCAGUUCCGACUGAUAGUUCCGUCUCGCUGGAAGGGCAGACAGAGGCUGGAACGGGCAAGGGGCCGGAUUUCUCAAAGCCACGCGACGCUUUUGCUUUCACGCAGAUUGCGUCGGGGACAGUGAUCGAUGCUAUUUAUCCCUCCACGGAGGACCCAGACAUGAAGCUGAUCGAUCCGGUCUUGAAUGUGAGCGGUGAGUUCCCACCUACGUAUAUUGUGCAUGGGAUGGCAGACACGAUGGUUCCCAUUGGGCUUAGUCGGGUUUUGUUGGAGAAGUUGAAAGACAAUGGUGUGAAGUGUGGUAUGACUGAGGUUCCGAAUGAGGAACAUACUUUCGCGGCCAUGAUGGAGGUUGGCUCGAAGACUUGGUGGCUGCAGAGAGAGGGGUUCGACUUCCUAGAACAAAUCAUCGGUAGAGGGCCUGGGGUUUAA